AUGAGUUUGCUGAUCGCCCUUACUGCUGUUUUGGCCGUAACUUCGGCACAGACAGCCACUAAUAGAUUCCCUGACGGCUUUUUGUUUGGGGCUGUAACCUCCGCGUAUCAAGUCGAAGGAGCCUGGAAUGAAGACGUCAAAGGAGAGAGUAUUCAGGACUACUUCUUCCACAACCAUCCUGAAUACACCACAGGAGACACCGGGGACGUCGCCUGCGAUUCUUACCACAAGUACCAGGAGGACGUGCAGAUGCUGAGGGCCCUCAACGCGGACGUGUAUCGAUUUUCAAUUUCGUGGUCACGUGUGUUGCCUACCGGAGACGUGGACGUUAUCAACCAGGCUGGUAUCGACUAUUACAACAACCUCAUCAACGAUCUUCUCGCCAACGGAAUUCAGCCUCUGGUAACAAUGUACCACUGGGACCUUCCGCAAGCACUGCAGUACAUCGGAGGCUGGUCCAAUGAGCUGCUGGUCGACUACUUUGUUGAAUACGCCAGGAUAUUGUUCGAAAACUUUGGAGACAGGGUGAAAUGGUGGAUCACAAUCAAUGCUCCAGCUGGUUUGGUAAACGGCUACGCGGUGAACGAAGUCGCCCCCUCUCAGCCAGCAUCGGGCAUCGGCGACUACCUGGCGACACACACCGUCAUCAAAGCCCACGCACGGGUCUGGCACCUGUACGACGAACAGUACAGAGCCUCGCAGAACGGUAGCGUGGGAAUUACUUUUGAAAUGGAUGGACUUGAACCACUGACUAACUCGACAGAGGAUGCAGAGGCCGCUGAAAGAGCGCGACAGUUUCAGGUGGGUACUGUAGCUCUGCCGUAA